AUGAGCGGGGUGGGUUGUACAAAGGGGAGACUCCCUGCAGAGAAAGACGGGGUGGGGAAUGGGAUUUCCUGCUCUUCUCCCCACUCGGAGGCGGGAUCCAAGGGCCUUGAGAAGGAGCAGCAGAGUCAGAAGGUGUACUCUGGGAACCAUCGGUUGAAGUACAUCAGCCUGGCGGUGCUGGUGGUCCAGAAUGCCUCGCUCAUCCUGAGCAUCCGCUACGUGCGAACCCUGCCCGGGGAGCGCUUCUUCGCCACCACGGCCGUGGUCAUGGCUGAGCUCCUCAAGGGAGCCACCUGCCUGCUGCUCAUCUUCCUCCAGAAACGAGGCAACGUGAAGCAGUUCGCCCUGUUCCUGUACGACGCCGUGGUGCUGCAGUACAUGGAUACGCUGAAGCUGGCGGUGCCCUCGCUGAUCUACACGCUGCAGAACAACCUCCAGUACGUUGCCAUCUCCAACCUGCCGGCAGCCACCUUCCAGGUCACCUACCAGCUGAAGAUCCUGACCACGGCCAUCUUCUCGGUCCUGAUGCUCCGCAAGAGCCUGUCACGCCUGCAGUGGCUGUCGCUGCUCCUGCUCUUCUCCGGCGUGGCCAUCGUCCAGGUGGAGCAGGGCCAGGCGGGCGGGCAGAGCUCCCCGGGCACAGCCCGCCAGAGCUACGUGGUUGGGCUGGUUGCCGUGGUGGUCUCCUGCCUCUCCUCGGGCUUCGCCGGCGUCUACUUCGAGAAGAUCUUGAAGGGCAGCUCGGCCUCCGUCUGGCUGCGCAAUGUACAGCUGGGCAUCUUCGGGACCCUGCUGGGGCUGCUGGGCAUGUGGUGGGCCGAGGGGGCAGCCGUGGCCGCCCAAGGCUUCUUCCAUGGCUACAGCCCAGUGGUGUGGGGCGUGAUCCUCAACCAGGCCUUCGGCGGCCUCCUGGUGGCCGUGGUGGUGAAGUACGCGGACAACAUCCUCAAGGGCUUCGCCACCUCGCUCUCCAUUGUGGCCUCCACCGUGGCCUCCAUGCACCUCUUCGGCUUCCGCCUGCACCCGCCCUUCGUCCUGGGGGCGGGGCUGGUCAUCGGGGCCGUCUACAUGUACAGUCUGCCCAAGGCUGGGCCGCCCCUGGGCCCCCGCAAGGAGCCCACUACCCCGCUGCCCCUUGGCAAGGAGCACAGCGAGCCGGGCUACCCGCCCAAGCUGGCGUGUAAGGAGAAGGGAUCCUGAGUGAGGCAGUGACUGGGGGGGCGUGAUGGUCACCUCGUCUCCAAACAUCCAGCCCCGUCUUCGGCGAGGGGGCCCCUCUGCCCUGCCCCAGAGGUGGCUGCAUCUCGGUGCCGGGUGAGGCAGCCUGGGAUCCUGCCAGCAUCUUUCAGAAAGAAGAGAUGCAGUGGAAGGGUAGGGCUGGGCGCCAAGACUCCUGGGUUCUCUCCCCCGCUCUGGGAGGGGAGUGGGGUCUGAUGGGUUAGAGCUGGGGGGGCUGAGAGUUCCACCUCACUGCCAUUUCCUGCUUCACCCUGCCUCAGUUUACCCUUGCGUAAAAGGCAGGCAGCCAUUCCUAGGUCCCAGAAGGGGAUGCGCCCCCUCACAGCGUGGCCAGUCCCCCUCGCUCAAGUCCCCCAGUGCUUGGGGGGGGGGGGCGCGGGGGGGCACCCAGGCAUGAACCGCUCAGUAUUAAUGUCCCCUGGGGCAGCCGUGUGGAACCCCCAGUUUUUAUCACUCCCCUUGUGGCCUUUUCUAUUUAUUAUCCAACAUGGAUUUUGACACUAA